AAGAGGCCGUGCCGGUGUUUUUCCACUCAGCAGGAUGGGUGAUGCUCAAAGCUCCCUCAUUAGACAACAGACACGAGAGGUCAGGAAGAAAGCGCUUAUAAAUUACCGUUUCCUCCCGCUCGGCGCUGUUAGUCGCGCCGCACCGCUCCGCAGGGGCGCAACGGGGCGCGGGCACCGCGGGCGGCGGACACAGGAAUAGAAAUCCAUUCAGGAGAACUCUUCUUCAUCUGGAACCCUAGCUGUGUCUAUCUUAAGAAUUUGUAUCUUGGAGAAGGUACAUCAUCAUUUUUAAAAGCGUAGGAAAAUCAAACCUUCUGAAAAGCCUGUGAAGUACAUGCUUCCCAGAGAUUUUAAAUGGGAAAUAGUGCAACAAAAACAUCUUUAAGCGCCUCAUCCUAUGGAGGAAUCACCACUGCCCAUCUACAUUGAGGAGGGGACAGAAGUCCCGAUUGCCAAAAAGGAGUUGAUUGCUCUUGGCAUCAGGCAAAUCUGGACCCAGAAGACCGCAGAAAGCAAAAAUAUGGCAACAAAGGAAAAGCUUCAGUGCUUGAAAGAUUUCCACAAGGAUAUCCUCAAACCUUCGCCCGGCAAGAGCCCGGGGACACGGCCUGAGGAUGAGGCAGAAGGAAAGCCGCCCCAGCGGGAGAAGUGGGCGAGCAAGAUUGACUUUCUGCUGUCCGUGGCUGGUGGAUUUAUUGGUUUAGGCAAUGUCUGGCGGUUUCCGUAUCUCUGCUACAAAAAUGGCGGAGGUGCAUUUCUUAUACCUUAUUUCAUUUUCCUGUUUGGGGGAGGUCUUCCCGUGUUUUUCCUGGAGGUGGUGCUAGGACAGUAUACCUCCGAAGGUGGAAUUACAUGCUGGGAAAAGAUCUGCCCUAUUUUCACUGGAAUUGGUUAUGCUUCCAUAGUUAUUGUGUCCCUUCUGAAUGUGUACUACAUCGUGAUCCUGGCCUGGGGACUCUACUACCUGUUCCAGUCGUUCCAGAGCGUCCUGCCAUGGGCACACUGCCACCAGAAGUGGAACACACCGACCUGCGUGGAAGACACUCUCAGGAAGAACAAAACACUCUGGAUGUCACUGAAUGCCACUAACUUCACCUCUCCUGUCACAGAAUUUUGGGAGCGCAAUGUACUGAGCUUGUCCUCGGGAAUUGAAGAUAUUGGUAUUAUCAAGUGGGAUCUAGCACUGUGUCUUCUCCUCGUCUGGGUGAUAUGUUUCUUCUGCAUUUGGAAAGGAGUCAAAUCCACUGGGAAAGUAGUGUACAUCACUGCCACGUUUCCGUUCAUCAUGCUCCUUGUUCUACUUAUCCGUGGUGUGACCCUGCCUGGAGCUGCAGAAGGCAUCAAAUUUUAUCUUUACCCUGAUAUGUCACGGUUAGCUGACCCACAGGUCUGGAUAGAUGCAGGGACACAAAUCUUCUUCUCAUAUGCAAUCUGCUUAGGAGCAAUGACUUCCCUGGGGAGCUACAACAAAUACAAAUACAACUGCUAUAGGGACUGUUUGCUGCUGGGAUGCCUGAACAGUGGUACCAGUUUUGUGUCUGGCUUCGCAAUUUUUUCCGUCCUGGGCUUCAUGGCACAAGAGCAAGGGGUGAACAUUGCUGAUGUGGCAGAGUCAGGUCCAGGCCUGGCCUUCAUUGCCUACCCAAAAGCUGUGUCCAUGAUGCCACUGCCCACCUUUUGGGCAAUCCUUUUUUUUAUUAUGCUUCUGUUGCUUGGACUGGAUAGCCAGUUUGUUGAAGUUGAAGGACAGAUCACAUCAUUAGUUGAUCUGCACCCAUCCUUCCUAAGGAAGGGUUACCGACGGGAAAUCUUCAUCGCUAUAGUAUGUUUCCUUAGCUAUCUUCUGGGACUAACUAUGGUGACUGAGGGUGGCAUGUAUGUUUUUCAACUCUUUGACUACUAUGCAGCUAGUGGUGUAUGCCUUUUGUGGGUUGCAUUCUUUGAAUGUAUUGCUGUAGCCUGGGUUUAUGGCGCUGAUAAUAUUUAUGAUGCCAUUGAGGAUAUGAUUGGAUACAGACCUGGUCCCUGGAUGAAAUGGAGCUGGAUUGUGAUCACACCAGUUCUUUGUGUGGGGUGCUUUAUCUUUUCUUUGGCCAAGUACAAACCACUGACCUACAACAAGGUCUACACGUACCCAGACUGGGCAAUUGGCCUGGGCUGGGUUCUUGCCCUUUCCUCCAUGAUCUGCAUCCCUAUGGUGAUGGUCAUCCGCAUCAUACAGUCAGACGGGUCGCUUAUAGAGAGGAUAAAAGCGGUGGCUGCCCCCAAGGAAGUGAAUCGGUGGUCCAAAGAAACAGAGAGUGGCACCCCCUUCUGCCCCAAUGGAACUUCGAAUGGCGGAUUGAUCAAGCCAACUCAUAUCAUUGUGGAAACCAUGAUGUGAGCUCUCUCUGUGAGAGGAUAAACCUGCUUUAACUGCCGUUUACUAACCAUAGAUUCUCAUAGGACCAGGUUUACAGAGCUUUAUAUUUGCACUAGGAUUUAUUUUUAUUUCUCACAGAGAAAGUUAUUUUUUGUGUGUGUGUUUUAUUUUUUUUUUUUAAUAUUUUGUAAGGUAAUCACAGCAGAUGUCUCUCUGUAGAGGGAGAGCUUUCAUAUCAGACUAGACAUAUUACAGGAAUUUACUAUUAUUGGGUUUUUUUAAAUAUAUAUAUCUUUUAUCUCUAAAUAUUAUACAUCUUACCACUUGAAUUGAUUGUCUUGCCAGCAAUAUAUUCAAGUCUCAGAAAGCAAUUUUAGGUGCUGGUAUGGUUGGGAGCAGGGUAACCUACAGAACACACAAAAGGAGCUCUGUUGAGAGAUGUGAUUAAAACAAAAAAGACACUGUUUCAAGAGAAUUUUCAAAGGUGUAGUAUUUCCACCCUCUGGUUCAGUUGUGGUAAACGACAGGCUUCAGGGUCACACCAGGGGAAGGGUAUAGUUACGUUUAGCGCAGUUCCUGAAUGAAGAUACAGCCAUGCAACGGGAGCUGAGUGCUUGUCAGGGAGGCAGGGAAGUUGGGUGUGAAAAGGCUGGUGGCCAUCCCUCCCAAGGACAGCACUGGGACCCUGUCACACAAACGAGAGGAGGAUUUUAGGAAGAGGUUUGCAGGAUUUGGAAUAGUUCACUCUUUUUUUCUUUUUUUUUUGGUUUUUUUACUUAAGUGAAAUGCUUGCUGUUUGUGCAUGAGCAGGGAGGUGGAGUACCUGCUCCUGAGUUUUCCAGCAAAGUGUAUUUCACUGUGGAGGCACUGGUGUAAACUUGAGUUCUGCAAACUAGAAGGGUGUCCUGGAGCUGAGUGGGGAAAAGCAGCGCCUGCCCUCUUGGGGAUUCAGAUGUGUGCUUGCUCAUUUGUUUGCGUGUUAAUUAUUGGAUUUUGGUUUGGGGCAGAAAAACAAAAGAAUCCUUUCUGGACUCUGACCAUCCAAAGGUGAACACAAACCAGGUCAUCUCCAACAGGAGGAAUAAAAGCAUUCACGUCCACUUGAUAACAGACACAUUGUUAAAAAUAAUAGUAAUGAAGAUAAUAAUAUCACUCAGCAAACAGGUGCUUUUCAUCUAUGUAUCUCAAAAAUGCUUUGCCGGGUUUGAUAACCAGGAUUUGCUUUAUUUAUUUAUUUGUGGGGGUUGGUUAAUGUUGGGGGAACAGACAAAAGGACUAAGUCUCAUGUUACUAAACUGCAGCAGUGGACCCAGGGCCCUGAGUCUCCUCACCCAUCAUUGGGUUAAACUCUAAUUUUAUUUUUUUGGGAGGAGGGUGUAGGGUGGCAGAUAUGUUUCUGAGGCUUAGGAAUCUUAUCUGCUGAAGAAAAAAGGGCUUUCAAGAUUUUAAGCUAAAGGAAAGGGAACAUGUAACACAAAUGUUUUCUAUUAGGUCAGUAGGUAUUAACGACUUAUUGUUCCAGCUUAGACAGAGGAGGGAAGAGAAACCGCUAGAAGGUUGUAGGAAUAGGGGUUCUGCUUCUUGUGGGCCAGGUGGAUGUUUCCAUGGGGAAUUGCUCCCUGAAGACCUUCCAAAACAUGGGCAAAAUACUUCUUUUUUUUUUUGUUUUGUUUUGGUUUUUUUUUUAAGACAUGAGCAGGUUGUGUUGGGAACAGAUUCUCUGGCAAAACUCAGCCUUUUCUUGUGGGCAGUGUACGAGAGGGAGAGUAUUUUGCUUAGGAUACCACAGUUCGGCCAUCCAAAGGUAUUUAGAGGAAAUGCUUGAUAAAAGCAGGGUUUGUAUCUGCUUAUUCUGCUGUCACCUUAGUCUGUCAGGGCAGAGUUUGUCAUUUGAACAGGAGCAUAACCAGUUCUUAACAUUCCUACACCGUAGUUUUGAUUUUUUUUAUUUUCUGUUGUCCCAUGGACUAAGUGGCUGCAGCAGCACAAACACUUGUUGAUUAGCUUGUUGGUUUUCCUGUAACAGAAUAGAGGUGAUGUAAAAGUAAGAGGUGGACCAAAAUAAUUUAAAAGAAAAAAAAAAAAAAAGGAAAAGGUGGCUGCAUCUAUAACCUCCAAAAUCUAAAUCUUUCUAGUUUGAAUUUGUACAUUUUUACAUCAAUAGCUGAAUUGCUGUAACAAAACCAGCCAUAGCAGAAUGGCUAUUGUUUUCUUCUGGUUGCUGUAUCAUGAGAGUUACAGAUUAAACUUUUCCACAGCUGGAGAUGGCAAACAUCUGAUGUCACCUGCUGGGCCAGUGGCAAUCGCCAUCCAAAGGUCCUCAUUGAGCCACUGAGUGUCAUCAGAUGCUCCCAAAUUAAAGAAAAAUCCAUACAGCCUUUUUUUCCUUUUUUCUUUUUUUUUUUUUUUCAUAUAGCCUUUAACCAGCAAAGGCAAGGAAGUGUAAUCAAAGAUAACUCUCUUAGUGGGCUUCAGCUUGGACCCUCAUUUAUUAUUUACAAUUAGUGUCUGCAGUAAACAGGGACGCUUGCCUGAGCGAAAAGAGGCAGGGUAUGGGGGGGUUCUCAAUUAAUGGGGUUUUAUAAGAGCAGAUGAAACACUGAUGCUUGAUUUAUUUUUUUUAAUGUAUACAUUGUCAUACAACUGUGUUUGAGAUAUUGUUUGCACAUCACUUUUGUGCUAUAAAGCUGAAACAAGCUUUAGUUAGGAGAAAUAUGGUUUGGCUUCAUCAGAGAUAUCUGCAGCGAGUCAGCUGGAUAUUUAGCCAUCUCCUGCAUUGUGGAGAGUGUCUUUGUAUGAAGAACCAGAGGGCUAAUGCUACACCUUUUGAAGUACAACUAGAACCCAGCCCCAUUUUGAUAUAAACUGUGCCAUUGAAAUCAGUCGCUUCCAUGUACCAAGUGAAAAUGUCUCACGCAUAAGCAACAACCUCAUUGAAGCAUUCUCUAAGUAAAACUUCUCUGGCCCCGCUGUGCUCUUUAGCAUGACAGCAAGGGAGGGCUGGGACUCACACAGAGCUAAGAAAAUAUUGUUUAUGGAAAACAGUUCCCCUCCUCCUUCCCCUCCAAAAAAAAAAAAAAAAUCUCAAUUAAUUCUUGUUUUAUUUGCGGUUUGAGUUCCAAGGAGCACGCUUACAUUUUUACAGUUUUGGGGGUUUUCUUAACAUGUUUAUCAAAUUUCUGAACUUUUCUUGGUGAUAAAUCUGCAUUUCAACAUGAUCCUCUAUUAAGAAUUUUUUUUUUUUUUUAAUUUUGUGGUUUCUACCUAUUUCUGACUGCAAAUACAACUGGGUGUUUUUUCUUCCUAAUUUACUUGUUUAAACACUUGUGAGCUGCUUGGCCUGUUUUAUGUAAAUGAGAAAUUCUUUAUUAAAAUAACAUGACUUGUCACAGAUGAACUGAUUUAGAUCCAGGGAGAAGUUAGUGCAGUUUUAUGCCGAGACCUCUAGCACCAGAUCCCUGAGUUUAAAACCAGAAUAAAACAAGACAAAACGCACACCUUUUCAAUGUACUUUUGUACUCAUGGGUUUCUUCUGGGCUUGAAAACAGCAGAUUUUCAGUAGUAUUUAUUCAGGCUGAACUGAAACCAGGAGAUAAUAGAAAAGCAAAAGGGAGCAUUUGCCCCACAAGAUUGUCCAACCUGUUUCCUACUUUUCUUAAUUUUCCAGACUUUUUCAGUUCACCUGUCACCAGUUAUGAUCUGAAUGGGCAUCUAUUGUAAGGGACUUUACCAAUAGUCUGUAUUUUGAUAUUUAAACAGUAUGAUUUCAUAAAUAGAACUGGUUUUUUAUUGUUGUUGUUGUUAUUAUUAUGGUUCUCAUUUUCCUUCUCAUGCAUACAUUUCCUUUUCAUUUGGUCCAAACAGAUCCACAUGCUUAAAACUCUUUAAAUUGUGAGAUAGUAGGUCCACAAUGGAUUUGUUCUUGCGUUUGUAAAUGAAAAUACAAAAGCCCAGCAGCUGUAUUUGCCAUCUAGAAAAACAAUUCCUAGAAAAACACCCCUUCCCCCACAGCAGUGGCGCAGCUCCUGGAGCGGAGGGGAGUUUGGAAUGGUCUACUGAAACAGCUCAGCAAAUCUCGUUUUCACCGCUGUUCUUGGCCUGGGGAGGAGAAGAGGAAAACAAAACAAACAAAAAAUAGAGGCACAGCCUUGCUAUUGCUGUUACACACACACAAAAUCACAAGAACCAUUAGCAGAGCCUUUAGUGUCACUGUUAGGAUGGCAUCUUCUGCAGCAAUUUUCAGUCCUGUGUGCAUCUUUCUUUCUCAACUGCAGAUACUCCCAGUUCCUCUCCUCUGUCUUAGUGUUAGACGUCAAGUAGAUCUGAAGACAGAUGGACAUUUCCAUUUGAUAGGCCUUUUACGAUUCUCCUCCUGGUCUGUUUUUAUUUGCUAUGGAGACUUACAUUUUCAUUGAGGUUGUGCUUGUCACACUUGGGUUCAAAGCUCCCACUUGGUGCACCAAUUUCAAAACUGCAUCUGUGGGAGAAGGAUUUGAAUGUUUUUGAAUAACUGAUUAUUAGCUUCCUUGUCCUGUGGUCACUGCAGGAUUGCUUCUGGAGGCAUAAUGUAUAUAAAAUGUUAAAUAAGCUGUGUAUUGAAUGGAGUGUACAGGUUAGGUAAGCAGCUCAAGUACACCUGGAAGAAAGAUGACCCUGACAUAAUUUCCAGGGUAUUCAAUGGAAGUUAUUCACUUUCAGUAAAAAGAAGAAAAUAAAUCUGUGUUUAAGUAGACUGUAGACAAAAUCUUCCACCCUUGUAUUCAUGCACACAAGUGGGGACAUUGCUUCUAUUUGUAGGCUGCAAAUCACAUGUGUAAAUUUUGCAGAGCUGUUUUGGAUGAGGAUUUAGAGGUCUGAGCACCACUUGCCUGCAAAGAGCCAACCUGCCAGAGUGUCCAAAUGGCCUUUCCUAAAUUGAGGGUGGUGGAAAAGGGAAAGUAAUGAUGAAAUUGUACCGUGGCCCCUCCAAAGAAGUGUUAAGGUUGGACUUGAAAACUCUCCUACCUUCUUUUAAGUGCCACAUGGCUCCUGGUGUUGGAGGUUGUAUGUGAUGUGGGUUCAAGUAGCCGCCUUGGACUUGUUUUCUCCAAAAAUCGGCAUCCAAAGCCUUGUGGUUAGGAUUGAUGUGUAGUUGUGUAUUUGUAUAUUUGCAUGAGUAAAAGUCAGGAACUGUCAGACCCUAGUAGCUUCUUUUAGUUCUUGUAAUCAAAGAUAAGCUUAAGAAAGUAUUCAGUUGUUUGGUAACAUUUGAUACCUAAGAAAUCUGUGAACUAAUGCAAAAGAGGCCUCUCAGCUUCAUACUUCAGUCAAAAAAUACUCUAUUGUUAUCAAUGGUCAAGUUGAGGUUAUGGGAAUGCUUGCUCAACAAAGACUUGAGUAUAAGCAGCACCCGUUCCGAACUGGAAAACUGCCCAUUCCAGCCCUGCACCCUCCACCAGAUCAGGGCUCUUUUCAGCCAACCCAGAAUAAACCUGCAUGUGGACAAUGCUGCUUCACUUAAAAAAAGUUAAAAAUUUGAAUUUGUUUGUUUCUGCUAAAAAUAUAGCAGAAAAAGUAAUUUUUGUGUGUGGGUUUUUUUCAAACUGUCACUGUCAAUCAGUGAUUUCAGUUUAUUUGUGUCCUAAAAUAAGCGCAGAAAACUUGAGCAAAAAAGAGUCAAGCUCAGAGUUUUGCAGGUUUGUCACAUUCAGAAAACAAAUCACUCCCCCACCCCCAGGUGGAAAACUUUAGUGACAGGAUUUGCAACUGGAAAAGAGCCUGACUCUGCUGGGGUUGCAGGACUUUUGAAUGGCAGCACAGAUGUGGCCUUUUUGUAUCGCUGCUGUGUCUUAAUUUGAAAUAAUCAGUGUCAGAAUUGAAUCCCUUUACACAGCCCUGAGCUUUAGGAGUAAAGUAAAUUACAGACGUUUUAAAAGGAGCGAGUUUCUGGAGGUUUUCUCCCCAUGGUUUGGCUCUGUGGUGCACAGUGGGACGGUGGUGCUCGCUUUCCCGUUUGCAGCACAGGGAAAAACAUGGCCUGACUUGAAAAAUCAGAAGAAAUAAUAGUGAGAAAUAUAGCUUAAAAAGAAAAAAAAAAGAAAAAGAAAAAAAACAGUGACAUUUAAUUUGGUUUUGCUAAGGAGCUGUGCAUGUGGGCAUGCGUAUGCAGGGGAAGGGUUCAGUCCUGUAGCAUAGUACGUGUUAGCAUGAUACAUACUGUUUCUAGAUCUGUCUGCUGCUGCAGUUGAGAUGUUAAAAAGACUUUUUUUUUCACUAUAUAAAGAAAAAAAAAUUAUAACAGUGGCAAAAUCAUGUUGAGAGGCUGAAAAAACCCCAUCCUUGGGGCAAGUUGAGCUAGUUUGUCAUCUGCUCCCAGGAAGCUACCGACGGUCUCUCAGCAUUGCAGCAUCCCAGUACUGUUCUGAAGUGCUUGUUGUUCAAUAGGAUGUUGGUUUUUCUCCAGUGUAACGUUGUGGUUGUUACCUGAUAACUUUGCUAGGGAUUUCACGUUAUAAGAGGUGGUCCAUCUUGUUUGAUGUAUUUGGCUUAAAAAAAAGUGGUGUUUUGAGUUGUUUUCUUUUUAUUAUUUAAAUUCCUAGCAACUGUGACUACAGUAAUGUGAUGAGUAGCACAUACAGCAAGGAGGCAACAUCAACAAUGGCCUCCUUAGAAAUGUCAUCUGGACUUUUUUUAAGAAAAAAAAACCUUAAAAAUAUUUUUAAAACAUUUUAAAACGUUUUUUGUGUGUUCCAAAAUGGAAUAUUUGUAUUUGAAACAAUGAAAAACCUGGAGUGUAAUUUAAUCCUAAAACUCCUAGCCUUUGUGUAUAUGGUAAAUGUUUGUAUUUUGCAGUUUCUGUUUUGCUUUUUAGAUAAAUAAAAUGUAUAUGGAUAUUUUUAAGUCAUCUUUGCUUUUUUUAGAUGAGUUUGUAAUCACCUUAUAACUGAAAAUAAAACUUUCCUUUAUAAACCA